CUUUUUGUUGAUUGAAACAUUGAGGGUUAGUGGUAAAUCAAGCAUUUUCGGAACCAUCUCAUGGCUCUGCUUCAAGAUGACAGUUAUCGAGCGGAGUUGCUGUCAGAUCUUCAAGCAGACUACACAAAGUUCUUCACAAUGGCAGAGAGAGAGCUGGAAGGGAUAUCAAAGACCAAGCCAGUCGAUCAAUACGUGCGACUACAGAAAAUCGGGCAGGGUACGUUUGGGGAGGUUUUUAAGGUGCGGCAUAAAUCAACAAAACAGCAUUUUGCACUGAAACGAAUUCGGAUGGAACAAGAAAAAGAAGGAUUUCCUAUUACUGCGUUACGAGAAAUACGCAUAUUACAAUCCCUCAAUCAUGAAAAUAUUGUGUGUCUAAAAGAAAUAUGCCAUAGUCCACCAAAUGCUGGUAAUGGAUUCAAACCACAAUUCUAUCUUGUUUUUGAGUUUUGUGAUCAUGAUCUUGCUGGUUUAAGUCAGCAGAUUGAUUUCACUGAACCAGUCAAAAAAGCAAUAAUGAAACAACUACUUACUGGCGUUUUCUACUUGCAUCUAAACAAUGUGCUCCAUCGGGAUUUAAAAGCUGCGAACAUUUUGAUUGAUAAAAACGGCAUUCUUAAAAUAGCAGAUUUUGGUCUGGCUCGAACAACUGUUGCCUCUCUUCGUCCUGAUCGCCCAACACGUUAUACUGGACGAGUUGUUACUUUGUGGUAUCGACCUCCUGAAAUUCUCCUAAAUGACCGCCAUUAUGGAAAGCCUGUAGAUAUGUGGGGUGCUGGUUGUAUUAUGGCUGAAUUAUGGACAAAGUAUCCUAUUAUGCAGGGGGACAACGAAAUUAGUCAGUUGAACCUUAUCAUUAAUCUCUGCGGAUCUAUAACACCUGAAAUAUGGCCAGGUGUAGAACGUUUGGAAACAUUUAGAGAAGCUCGUCUACCUCAGGACAUUAAACGACAUGUUCGAGAGAAAUUGACCCCCAAAAUUUCUUCGCUUGCUGCUGUAGAUCUCAUUGACCAAUUACUUGUCUUAGAUCCCAGCAAACGUCUUGAUGCUGAGCAGGCGCUUUCACAUGACUACUUUUAUGAAGAUCCUCCAGUAGGUGACUUGCGAUCUUUUUCCAAAUCCGGGACAUCUUAUCUGGAAUUCUUGUCGUCAAAUAACGCUCGUGGUCGUAUGUUACAAGGAGCAAAUCGUCCAGGAAUUGUACGUGGUCCAGUUGUCGGGCCUGGGCAGCAAAUGAAUUAUCUUAAUGGGCCUGGCAUCAUGCAUCCUAAUCGUCGUCCACCUAUACCAGAUGACAAUUCGUAUUAUGAGCGUGUUUUUUAGUCUGGUGUGCUUGUCUGCAAUACUUUUUGAAACAUUUCUUUCAAAACUCAUAUGUAAAUAAUUCACUUUGAUCUUUAAUCUUAUUUUCCGUCUUUUUUGUCAAUGUUUACUUUGGGAUUGACUCCGUUUUUCAUCUUUCCACGUCAUGCAAUCUGAAUACCAUAAACACUUGGUGUUUAUACCUCUAUUUCUAUGUAUUCAUUCUUUUUGCGCAAUAAUGUUUGCAACUUAUUGCAUGUGACAGAUGUAUUUAAUAUACGCUAUAGAAAUAUUGGG